UUUGUAACGGCCCUCAAAAGUAUAGGGCGUUUCCAAGAAACAACAGUCGUUAGUUUCUCAAAACGCAGACAACAAAAGCCCAAACCAGCUGAUAACUGAAGAGAAAAAACGCAACCCAAAGCAAUCGCUAAAUAACGGACACAGAAAAACACAAAGCAAUCAUGGCGGACGAUAAUACUGACAUCAAGGAUGAGGUGGCAGAGCUUGCCCCUUUUGAUCCUACCAAAAAGAAGAAGAAGAAGAAGGUGGUGAUACAAGAGAAUGCUGAUGAGCCUGUAGACUCCCUAGCUGAGAAGACUGAAUCAUUGUCAGUCUCUGAUGGGCUCGAGAGUUCUUUUACUGGUUUGAAAAAGAAGAAGAAGAAACCGGUUGAAACCAGUUUGCUGGAUGAGGAAACUGGGGAUGCAGGAGAAGAAGAUUUGGAUGAUCAUGCCAGGGAAGAUGAAAAUGGGGAGGGUGCUGACCUGCAGCAGCAACGAUUCCCUUGGGAUGGGACUGACCGUGAUUAUGAUUAUGAGGAGCUUCUUGGCCGAGUUUUCAACAUUCUUCGUGAAAAUAAUCCUGAGCUUGCUGGUGACAGGCGAAGAACUGUGAUGAGGCCUCCACAAGUUCUUCGUGAGGGCACAAAGAAGACUGUUUUUGUGAACUUCAUGGAUCUGUGCAAGACAAUGCAUCGGCAGGCAGAUCAUGUCAUGGCUUUCUUACUUGCUGAGUUGGGUACCAGUGGAUCCCUCGACGGACAACAGAGGUUGGUCAUCAAGGGUAGAUUUGCUCCCAAGAAUUUUGAAGGGAUUCUUCGUCGAUAUAUCAAUGAGUAUGUCAUUUGCCUUGGUUGCAAGAGUCCUGACACCAUUUUGUCUAAAGAGAAUCGUCUCUUUUUUCUCAGAUGCGAGAAGUGUGGUUCUGGAAGAUCAGUUGCUCCAAUUAAAGCUGGUUUUGUUGCUCGUGUUGGCCGUAGAAAUGCUGGGACAUAAGUACUGUGAAUUAGCUAAAAGAUCUCGCUUUUUGUUUGGUGUCCAUCAUCUACUGUUUACUUGAAUUUUGACCAUCUUCCAGAGAUGCUGUCAAUUUACGAAGGAUACAGAUGUUUCCUAAGAUGGCUAUUUUGUUUCUUUCACCAUGUACCAGUUUUUAAUUUAUAUUUCAAAAGAAAUAUUGUGGUUUGGACAA